GGCUGCUGGCUUGCUGUAGGAGGCGCCGCCGCCGCCGGGACCUCUGAGCUAGGAGCGAACCCCGGAAGGGGGGGGCGGGCUCCCCCUCGCGAUCGGCGGGGACAGCCAGUCCUGUGGAAGAAGGAGGGGGUCCCGGACGCCCAGCGACGCCCGGGAAGGAGCAGGAGCCGGGCGAAGGGUGGACAUGAGCGACCACCUGAGUCCAGUCUCGGACCGCUAGGGGCGGACCCAGCAGCCCCCACCCCCUCCUCGGAAUCUCGGAACCUAAGAGGAUGGAGCCAAAUACCUGUAAGACCAGUGAAUCGGAGGAAGACUACGUUGAGGAAGAGGAAUCCGAGGAGGAGUGUGUUCGAGAAGCUACCCUCCCUUCUGACUCUCCUCAGCAGGAACUCUCAAAGGCUGACUAUAAGGAAUUUGGGGAUGGAGUGUCCUUAUCUAUUGUAGCCAAGAAAAUCCCAAAGAAAAUCAUAGCCCCAGCUGACUCAGAUGACUUAGAAGUCGGCAGGAGAAAGAGAAGGCGGAAACGCAGACCCCUGGCCAUCAACUUGACCAACUGCAAGUAUGAGAGCGUGCGUCGGGCAGCCCAAAUGUGUGGCCUGAAGGAGGUGGGGGAGGACGAGGAAUGGACUGUGUACUGGACAGACUGCUCUGUCUCACUGGAACGAGUCAUGGACAUGAAGAGGUUUCAGAAAAUCAAUCACUUCCCUGGCAUGACCGAAAUCUGCCGCAAAGAUCUGCUGGCUCGGAACCUCAACCGCAUGCAGAAACUCUAUCCUACGGAGUACAACAUCUUCCCCCGCACCUGGUGUCUCCCUGCAGACUUUGGGGACUUCCAGUCCUAUGGCCGUCAGCGAAAAACCCGCACCUAUAUCUGCAAACCGGACAGCGGUUGCCAGGGACGAGGCAUCUUCAUUACCCGAAACCCCCGGGAGAUCAAGCCGGGAGAGCAUAUGAUCUGCCAGCAAUACAUCUCCAAGCCCUUCCUCAUUGACGGCUUCAAGUUUGAUAUGCGGAUCUAUGUCCUGAUUACGUCCUGUGACCCUCUUCGGAUCUUCAUGUAUGAGGAGGGCCUGGCCCGCUUUGCCACUAUGCCCUACGUGGAGCCCAGCCACAGCAACCUGGAUGACGUCUGCAUGCACCUGACCAACUACGCUAUCAACAAACACAAUGAGAAUUUUGUCCGGGAUGAUGCUAUGGGCAGUAAGAGGAAGCUGUCCACACUCAAUGCCUGGCUGCGAGAACACGGCUACGACCCCGGAGAGCUGUGGGGGGACAUAGAGGACAUCAUCAUCAAAACCAUCAUCUCAGCCCAUUCUGUUCUUCGCCACAACUACCGAACCUGUUUUCCCCAAUAUCUGAGCGGAGGUACAUGUGCCUGUUUUGAGAUCCUUGGUUUUGACAUCUUGCUGGACCACAGGCUGAAGCCCUGGCUGCUGGAGGUAAACCAUUCUCCAAGCUUCACCACCGACUCCCGCCUUGAUCGAGAAGUGAAGGAUGCACUUCUCUGCGAUGCCAUGACCCUUGUCAACCUCCGAGGCUGUGACAAAAGGAAGGUGAUGGAGGAGGACAAGCGGCGAGUCAAGGAGCGGCUUUUCCAGUACCAUCAGCAGCCACGGGAAGCAAGGUGCUCCAGGCGAGAACAAAUUGAGUCAUCCCAUGCUGCAGUACUAGACCAGGAACGCUAUGAGGAUUCCCACCUCGGGGGAUACCGGCGGAUCUACCCUGGGCCCCACACGGAGAAGUACGCACCUUUCUUCAAGCACAAUGGCUCCCUCUUCCAGGAGACUGCUGCUUCCAAGGCCAGAGAGGAGUGUGCCAGGCAGCAACUGGAAGAGAUCCGCCUUAAGCAGGAACAGCAGGAGAACUCAGGCAGUAAGAGGCGAAAGGAAAACAGGGACCAGAACCAGGGUGAAUCAGCAGGGGAGAAGAGCCGAUCCAGGGCCGGGCUCCAGGGACUUUCCACCCACUUGGCUUAUAGGAACCGGACCCGGGAGAAAGAGCUGCUGCCCGCACGCCUGGAUACCAUGCAUCCUCAAGAGAUUGUGGAAGAGGAGGAGCUCGAGCGCAUGAAGGCCCUGAUCCAGAGGGAGAACCUCAUCCGAAGCCUGGGUAUUGUAGAGCAGCUCACCCGCAUGCUGCACCCCAGCCGCCAGGGCCAGAAAAAACUUCAUGAGUACCUGAUGCCACCAGGACGGGCUGUGCAGUCAGAAACUGCAAUCUGUGAGUCUGGUCCCAUUGGUCCUCCUGAGAAGGGCCGCAAAAGAGCAGGGCCCUCCUCCUUUCCUGCAUCCAGUCCGGGCCCACGAAUUGGUCCCCAGGAUCUUAGGGCCACUGCCAACCAUGAAUGCUGCCAUUCCACAUCAUUCCUGGUGCCACCUACAGCCCAAGAACUUCAACUGGAUAGGAGAUCCAGCAGCCAUCAGCCCCUGUUCAUUGUCAAUGAAGACAUCUGGAAGGCGCUAUUUUUCCAGUGCCAGAGUCAGGCUCACUAGCCGUAAGUAUACAAUACCAGCUUUGGUCACUCUGACUUGGGUAAAUUCCCAGUAGCAAACAUUACAGCUGGGAUGUUCCCAAAAUAUAACAUGGCACUUCCACCAGUGUGGGAGUGGGACAGGUAGUGGGUCCUGGUAGAAAUGGCAGAAGUACAGCCCCAGCACUCAACAAACCUAACAGGAAAACCGACAAGUAAACACACAAUUACAAUGCAGCGUGGUAUAGAUACUGGAGGGAAGCAUGGGAUGCCAUUCCUCUGUGUUGGUAACGGGGCAACAGGUGGUAAAGAGGUGAGGAAUCUCCUGUGAAUACCAACUCAGGGGACCCAUGUUUCCACUGCAGAAGGCCAAGCCAACAGAAGGCUAGAAGCCAUAAACAGAGCCCUGGCAGGAUCAGUGUCAUCCACUUUAACCCCAAAGCAAGGCUAUCUUCUGCAGCCAGAAAGAGUGGA